AUGUCCGUCCAAAACAUCUCAACAGCGGGCGGCACCCUGGCAGUCGAAGUGAGCGGCACCGGACCCCUCGUCAUCUGCGCGCACGGAAUGGGCGACUCCCGCGACACCUAUAACCCACUCGUUCAGAGACUAGUCUCCAACGGCUACACCGUCGCCAACAUGGACACCCGCGGCCACGGCGACAGCUCAACCGAUUUCAAGCAGUACGGCGACGAAGCGACAGCAGAUGACUUCCUCACUACUAUUAAGGAACUGAAGAAAGGCCCAGCGGUAUUGGUCGGGAACUCAUUCGCAACUGGCUCCGCAACCAUUGCCGCAGGCAAAGACUCUUCCAACAUCCGCGGCGUCGUGCUGCUGGCUCCCUUUCUCCGCAAUCCCAUGGGUCCAGUGGGGAUGUGGUUCAUGCCGCUCCUCUUCAAGUGGCCAUGGGGUUCGACAGUCUGGAAGUUCUACGCACCCACACUAUGGGCCGGUCUGCCAAAUGAUCAAGCCAAAGCGAGAGCGCAGAAGACGACUGAUAUGCUUACCCGUCCUGGCCGCUGGUCGGCUUUCUACUCGACGGUGGUUGGAUGCGACCAUCGAGCCGUCACUCCCUGGAUUGAGAAAGCCAGCAAGACUCCGGCGUUGGUGGUGAUGGGCGACAAGGAUCCAGACUUCUCGGAUCCCAAGAAGGAAGCGGAGUGGGUUGCGAGCCAGUUCCAGAGCGCGAAGACGUUGAUGUUGGAGGGAGUGGGUCAUGCGCCGCAAUUGGAGAGGCCGGAGGAGACUUCAAAGGCGGUGUUGGAUUUUCUGAGGGACGUCUUCAAGUAG